AGAGUGGUACAACCAGUACACAUGACCUUUGGCACCUGUGUCAAUAAAGCGGUAAAGUCACAACGACAAACAAGCAAGGAUCUCUCAGACCCAGUCAAGCGGCUGGACAUUUCUUCAAGAUUCCUCAUUUUCAGGACAAUGUUUUCUGCCUUGUUGUCAGAAGUCUCCAUCCAGAUCAUGGCGGUAGCUUCCGCCGUUUUUCUGACCCUCCUCGUCUUCUUCAAACGGCGUAAGAACCUCCCACCGUCACCGAGUGGGAGCUGGCCUGUUGUCGGCCACCUGUUGUCCCUCGGCCGAGCGCCCCACCUGAAGCUUACGGAGUGGAGGAAGCAGUAUGGCGACGUGUACACUGUCAGAAUGGGGAUGGAAGACGUGGUGGUUCUGAACGGCUACCGGGCCAUCAAAGAGGCACUUGUGGACUACAAGGACGCUUUCUCCAGCAGGCCAAACGUGUAUGUGCUAAAUCUAGUAUCUGGCUUUGGGAAAGACAUCGCCUUCACAAAAUUCAACCCAGCCUACUUGGAAAAACGUAGGUUUGCCGUCAGUGCGCUGAAAAAUCUUGGAAUGAAAAUGGGACCAGUCAGCGUAGAAGAACACAUCAGAGAAGAGGCUCGUCAGCUCUGUCUGAAGCUGUCCGAACAAGGGGACGCACAUCCACGUGACAUCGCCGACAGCCUGACUGUGUCAGUCUCCAACAUCGUCUGCUCCAUGGUGUUCGGAAAACGUUACGACCACGAUGAUGAAAAGUUCGUCGAACUGAUCAAGAUUGUAAACAAGGUACUCUCCCAACUUGAACAUGGAUCCAGUCAGCUGAUGAUGGUGUUUCCCUUUCUGCGAUUCAUACCAGGAGUAAACUCAACAAACAGGAUUCUUGUUGAGUGCAUUGACAAAGUCCACGAAUUUCUUCGACAAGAAAUUACGAAGCAUCGCGAGAUCCUGGACAGCGAGAAUCCACGAGACUUCAUCGACCUUAUCCUCGCCGAACUACAGACCAAGGAUAAAACCGACUGUUUUACAGAGGAGAACAUUGUGUGGAUAAUUCAAAAUAUGUUUUUUGCUGGAACGGAGACCACAGUCAGCACCUUGCGAUGGGGCAUUCUCUACAUGGUUCUGUGUCCAGAAGAACAGCAGAAGGUCCAAUCUGAGCUGGACAGUGUCCUGGGAACAGACCAUGACGUGGCCACCCUGGCCCACAGGUCCCAGCUCCCGUAUACCGAGGCUACUAUCAUGGAGACCCAGCGAAUCCGACUUGUGGCUCCCCUUAAUGCUCCUCAUGCUCCUAACGAGGACACGACCUUCCGAGGCUAUGAUAUCCCAGCGGGAACGCAGGUCCUUACCAACCUGUGGUCAGCUCAUAUGGACCCAGAAUACUGGACGAACCCAGAGAAGUUUGACCCCCGUAGGUUCCUGGACUCGGAAGGCAAGGUGGUCAGUAGACCGGACUCAUACCUACCCUUUUCUGCUGGCCGCCGUGUCUGCCUCGGUGAGCAGCUGGCUAAGAUGGAGCUCUUUCUGCUAUUUUCUUCCCUCCUGAAACACUUCACCUUCAAGUUGCCAGAGGGCGCCGCUGCACCUUCGGCCGAUGACUGCAUGAGAGUGACCCCGCCAAGAGUGAUUAUGUGCAUCACUCGGCGCUAGGAUGCUCAAUUCAAAACAAAUUGUGAAGAUUAUCGGCAAUACACAAGUAUGACUUGUAUAAAACGGUACACAACAUGACUUGUAUAAAACGGUGUUAAAUGAUUCUAUUGUAUAACUGUUGACGCUUUGAUAUAUAAAUUAUGCACAUUGUAAAACGGAAUCAGAAAAUAUCUUCUGUUUGAUCAUACCGAGCCUUGUUACUGUAGAUAUACCUUUUUAGACC